AUACACUAAAUUAGAGUUAGUUAAUUAAAGAGUAAUAAUAAUUAAAGUAGAUAGCAUAUAUGAAUAUGAUGAGUUCAAUAACCACCAAGGAGGAUUAUGAUGAUGCUUUCACCAAAGCUGCUUCCUUUGCAUUUGCUCAGGUGUUUCCUGCAAUCUUGAACGCUGCUAUUGAUAUGAACUUGUUUGAUAUCAUAUCAAAGGCAGAGAGUUCGUUAGGCAUGUCAGCUUCUGAGAUUGCAUCUAAGAUUCCAAAGCAACACAGUGAGAUGGGUAGCAGACUUGAACGCAUGCUGCCAUCAUUGGUGGCUCAUUCUCUUCUGACUUGCUCCAUUCGCACCAUUAAUGAAGACGGUGACACUGAAAGGGUUUAUGCAGUUUCUCCUGUUGGAAAAUACUAUACUAGUCAUGAACAACGAGGCUCCUUGGCUGCAAUGUCAACUUUAGUCUAUCGAGGAUACCGUCAUCUUUGGACAGAUACAAAGGAUGCAAUAUUGGAUGCUAACAAUGACAAUCAUUUCGAAAAAGUGUAUGGAAAGUUGCCAUUUGAAUAUAUGGAGACAGAUAAAGAGUUAGGUAAUCUUUACGAGCAAGCAAUGUCACAAGCUGGCUCUUUAGGAAUGAAAUCAACCCUUAAUGCAUAUAAAGGCUUUGAGGGAGUAUCAACGUUAGUUGAUGUUGGAGGUGGAUACGGACAAGUCCUCAAACAAAUUCUCUUCCACUAUCCAUCAAUUCAAAAAGCAAUUAAUUUUGAUUUGCCUCGUGUUGUCACAAAUGCACCCCCUCAUCCAGGGAUAGAGCAUAUUGGAGGAGACAUGUUUAAAAAUGUUCCAAAAGGUGAUGCCAUUUUACUCAAGCAUGUAUGUCAUAAUUUUGGAGAUGAAGAAUGUGUCAAGGUUUUAAGAAACUGCUAUGAAGCUUUGCCACCACAUGGGAAGGUCAUAGUUUUGGAUACUUUAUUGCCAGAAAUUCCGAAAUCAACAUCGUCUAAGGAUACUCAAGCUGUGGAUCUGGAUUUUCUUAUCUUUCUAUUUCAUGGUGGAAAGGAAAGAACUGAAAAACAAUUUGAGAAAUUAUGCAAGGCCUCAGGAUUUUCACGGUUUCAGGUUGCUUGCAAUGAUUCCUCAAUUAUCGUUGCAGUCAUGGAGUUUUACAAAUAAAAAUUAGAAUAAAAUGACAAAUAAAUUUUUAAAAAUUUAUAUUUUAAAUAUAUGUAUUAAUUCUGAAAAAUAUAUAUGUAUAAUUAGUAGUGUGAAUGAAUAAUGAUGAUGGCGUCAAAUUAAAGUUUCAUAUAUGUCUAGUUUUACUAUUCAGGUUGUCCCACAUUAAAAUCCUUAUCCACUUGCAUUAAUUUGCUUCUUAAUUUCUUGCUUUUCAUUCCUCUUCAAUUUUUUUUUAAUAAAUUCUUCUGCAAAACAUUGAAACAAACUCUGUGGCUACUAAAUUGCAUGGAAUUCAAUCUUUAUUUUUUUGUAACAUAUAUAGAGUUUACCCACCACACAUGAUUAAUGAUGAAGAUCGAUAGAUGAGUUUUCUGUUGUUAGCAUCCGAAAUUAAGAAAAGUCUACAAUGUGUAUCUCACUAUCUCGUGACCUGCAAUGAUGUAUAAGCAAGAAAGCUCAUUUAAUUUA